UUCGUGGUGAUUGUUGGUGAAAGCGGAUCGGUGACGAAACGUCAAUUUGUCAAUAAAAUUCGCCAUCAUGGGGAAGUCUUUUGCGAAUUUUAUGUGCAAGAAAUUCUUUCAUCCUGCAUCGUAUGCUAAUAUAAAACGGGUAUGGAUGGCAGAGCAGAGAACAGACGCAGAGAAGACGAAGCAAGACAACCUGAGAGCGGAGUAUGAGAGAGAACAAGAUACAUACACGAACAGGCAGCUUAUGGGAGACAUACGUGUGAAGCAUGGCCUGAACUUCAUGUACGAGCCGCCCAAGGGCAUGAAGACGGAGGAGAAGGAGGACGGGGACCAGGAGUACAAGUUUGAAUGGCAGCGUGGGGCUCCCCGAGAGGGCUAUGCCAAGGACAUGGAUGUUACGGAUCAACCCUUUGGUAUCGCCGUGCGCAACGUCAAGUGCAUCAGAUGCCACAAGUGGGGCCAUGUCAACACUGAUAGAGAGUGUCCCUUGUAUGACCAGACGAAGGAUGAAGAGAUCGCUGGACCGAGCACGGAUAAGGAUGAUCUGAUGGAGGACAUGAGAAGAGACGGCUUGGCUCUCAAACAGAACGUACUGGGAAGGAAGGUCAAUGGCCAAGCUAAGAAUCAGAGAUUCGUUGGUAGCAGUGAUGAUGAUGAGGAUGAGGAUGUCGAACCAGAAGAGGCAUUCCUCAAAUCCCUCUCUAUGAAAGAAAAGAUAAAAUUACUGAAGAAGUUGGACAAGAUGGAGAAGAAGCAGAAACGUCUAGACUCCAAAAGCUCUAAGAAAAGAAAGGACAAAAAGAAUAUGAAGAGGAGGAAACCAUCACAUUCAUCAGAUGACAGUGAUAACAGCUCAGAUGAACUCGACCAGAGAGACAGAAGAAGUGAGAAAGAAGGAGGACACAAUGGAAAGUCAAGAAAAGGACGCUAUUCCGACUCUUCUGACCAAGAGAGCGAUUCAGAACAAGACCGAAAAAAGAAAUCAAGUUCAAAGCAUCAUGAGGAGAGAAGGACGAGCAAGAAGGAACCAGAUAGUGAUGGUGAGAGUAGGAAGAGGGCAAGGAAAGACGAUCGAAGGAAUGAGGUUAGAAAGAUAAAGAGAGAACCUCGAAGCGAUAGCGAGGAAAGAAGGCACACAAAAGGCUACAGGAGAGAAGACAAUGACAGCCACAGAGAAAGAAAAAUUAAAAUUAAAAUUGAAAGGAGAAGUCAAAGUCCUGAUUCUCCAAGCCAUGGUAGACACGAUAGGAAUGGAAAAGAUAGGCAGAUGAAGGAGCGGAGAGAAGAUGAGGAUGACAGGAUGGAUAGAAGGAGAAAGGAUGAAAGAUCUCGCUCUCCCAGCAGACGAAGUGAUGACAGACACGGAGGAACAAGUUCAAGGAACUAUCGAGAUGGUGUGAAGACCCACAAAGAAAGCAGACGGGAUAGAGAUAGAGAUGGGGGUGAGAAGGAUAAGGAGAAGAAGAAAGAGUACAGAGAGGAAAAGGACAGAGAGCGUCAUCGCCAUGGUGACCGUGAGGAUGGGAGAAGGCACUAGAGAGAGGAAUGAAAGCCCAUUCACAUAUGCUGCGGUAAACCACUGCUUCUCUUUGCUACGUGCAACAGAGGUCAUAACCGUACUUGGUUAUCGGUGUGUCAUAAGGUGCCGAAAAAUAAACAUGGUAUGCUUUAACAUAGCAGCCAACCAUUCCUGUUUUGGAGAAAUGAUUCCUAUUUUUCUGCCUUCAAACUACUGUUAUGAAUGCUAUAUUCCUCUUAUUUUUUGAAAAAGAAUCUGUAUAAACGCAUGGAAAAUACACUGUGUUCCUGUCGUUUGCUUCAGACGGUUCAGAGGUUCCUAAUCUAAUUCCUAAAGUUGGCAGGUAUGCGCUUAAAAGAACCCAGCAGUUUACUAAGUUAUUAGCCUUUGGGACACCUUUGCAAAUGAAAAAUUGUCGUCAAAGGUACUCACUUGAUCUGCACAUGUUUUCAAUUGUCUUUACAUUGCUCUCUCAUCUCAAAUGGUUACAGGAUUUUAGCUCCCUAAGUAAACAAAAAUAGGGCAAGACAUCAAGGUCACUAGAGCAUCUGAAUUCCUUUUAUGACAGAUCUAUCAAAAGGCAAAUUGCAAAACUGAAAUUUCACUUCCGCAAAUGUCUCACAGAAAUCAUCAUAAUUUCAGUUGAUCAUGCUGACAUGACAGCAACAUGAUCGGGAAAUGAGUUACCUUGAACUAUAGGUUGAUGCACUGUUUGGCUUAAGGUCAGGGGUCAUGAAAUAGACUUCCUUUACUUUCUCAUUUUUUGUAUGCACUUGUGAGGAUCGAACAAUUUGUUUUCUUUUUCUUCUAAUUCUAUGUAAAUUGCCUACCUUUGCAAAAAAAUCACAUAUUUUGUACAUACAUGUAUAUUGCUUGUUGGGAUUCAUUCAUCUUUUAAAGGGUUACUUGAUACCUUCAAUUUUUUAAACAUAUACAUGUAUUUUAGGAUGUUUAUAAACUUAGAAUUGACAAAUGAGUAAUAUAUCCAUGUCGAUCAAUCUUAAAAUGUCAAAAUGAUAGAAACUUCAAAGUGGAGAGUAGUGUAUGUAAAGAGAAGGUUGAGUUAUGGUAGAGGCGAAAAUAAUUUUUUUCUUUCAUUUUAUGUUGGCAAUCGAAGAGUAUCAUAUAAUAAAUGCCCGCUGAAAAAAGAUUGCUUUUUAAACGCCAAUGUUUCAAAAAUAAGACAGGAGAUACAUGUAGCUGAAAUGUCAGGACCAAACUUUCAUGCCACACUUAUGUGUAGUCCCAUAUACACAUUUCAAUGUACGUGGGAGUUUAGUUACAGUAAUAUUCGGUCAAUUUCUUUUUGCUUUUUUGGUGAUUCCAAAACCUCACAGUUGACACCAACGGUUGUGAGCUACGUAAGCAACUUUUUUCAAUCACUUUCAGACAGUCCACUGAUAAUGCAAUCGUAUGACCAGAACCCAACUUAAGUUUUGAUUAAAGACUGGGAAUAUCUUUUGAUAUGAAGACUGGAAUGAAGAUUAAAAUUGUGAGAAUUUGUAGCCAAUGCUUAUUCAUAUUUUAUUAUGAUUUAUUUUUCUAAAUUUUGUUAAACAAAACAAUACAAAACAGAUAAAUAAAUAAAAAAUAAUAACAAAAUAUUCAAAGCACAUUCAGACGUGCUGUAGCAACCACUUGUGUUGAAAGAUUACCAGUCCAUAAAGAUAUUAUUUUUUCCCCCCUCAAAACGUUUUUCUGACUGAAAUCUGCUUUACAAUAACCUGUAGCAAAAGUCCACCUGUCUCUAACGACUGUAUAUAUUUUGUCUCCCUUGGGUGGUCAUUAUAUACAGGUUUUGCUUUAUAUGCAGACUUUGAACUUGUUGGUCUUUGAAUAUGUUAUGUUAAAGUGUGUCACAAGUUCAAUAUAGGGUGUCUAAAAAUAAUGAUAAUGAAAGUGCAACAAUAUUUUUAAUCAACAGCAUCUUUGAAUAAAUCAAUUUCAAUGAUUUGUUUUAAUAGACAUCCGAUUUAGACAGAUCCAUUAUUAUUCAGUGUUGUUUAUUGUAAAUAUGUAUACAUGAGCCUCUAUUUAGUUGAUGCAUUUGUAAUAAAAUUUGAUGAAAAUCUGGAAAUCGUAA